GAAAAACAAUAACAACACGAAGAAGAAGACGACCACAAGGCAGCGUGAGUAGCGUGUGGAAGUCUCCAGCAACGCUUUAACAAUGUCUGCUUUUCUGGUGAAAGCUUUGGUAUCGCAAUGUGGGGAUAUCGAGCGCACGUUGGACAUGUUUUGCUGGCCGAGUUUGUCGUGGCCUGAAAUAGAGAAUGUUGAAGCCCUAGGAUUAUUUAUUAAAGAGCUUGUUUUUAAAUCGCACUCCAGUCCAGAUGUGUUUAAUAGGUUAAUCACCAAGGAACGUUUUGUUUGUAAAGUGCAGUCAAUUAUUUGGGACCAUUGUGUCCCACUUCUGAAAAUGAUUUCAAGUGAAAACAUUAUAACUCGGGAGGAAAGUGGAGCACAAGGUGGUGAGAGGAAGCAGCUGCUCCAGGCCACUUGUGCACUGCUUAUGAUUUGUGUAAAGGAGUGUCAGGUGGACUCCAUGGAGAACAUAGCAGGCUUUGUUUUACCUGUGCUGUCAGGAAAGGGUGACAGUAAUGGUGAUGCACAGCUCGAUGUUGAUGUGGCCAUAGAGGUGCUGGCAGAAUUGCUCUCAGGUGUUUCUACCAAUAGUGUCUUGGUUAAGAACUCUCUGUCUUGUACACUUUGUACUGUUAAGGAGCUUUCGGACACUUGGGUGUCCAAAGUCAUUGUCCGUAUUUGGUUCACAUGUCUUAAAUCAUCAAGCAAAGAAACUCAAGAAGACAUUCUCUGUUACCUUUGGGGGAGUUUACUGGAAUGGUAUGAACAGGAGGGCACAGAGGUGGUUACCGCACGUCUUCUGCUGUGUCUUACUGCUCUUUCUGACUUCCUCUUCUCGUUGGAGCAAAGGGGGACCAGCCCAGAAAAGUCACACACUUUCUUCAAAGUGGUCCAAAAUGGACUUGUACACAAGGACAACAUGUCCCGCAAGAGAGCACUCUAUCUGCUAAACAGAUGUGUUUCACUGGCAGAAGCACGCAAUGCAGAUAUUGAUAUGUGUGAUACAGAUUUUUUUUUCAAAUGGACAGCAGAGCAAAGAUUAGUGCUCCAAGAAUUUUGGGAAACAUUCACCCUAGUCCUGGAAACUCUUGAGGAAUACCAGAUCCAUGUGAUUCGACCUGUACUAAGCCGAAUUGACAUUCUUGUCAAAGCAACUUCAACAGAUGUUCAAGGCAGUGGAUUAAUCCAUCCGUCCUGGUUACUGUGUGUCUACCAACGCAUGUUCCACAGUGAGAACAAGACUGUAAUAAAGGAGGGUGUCACUCAUCUGUUGGGGCUAGAAAUGCUUCAGCAGUCUGAUUUUGCACUUGCUUUUUCUCAGUUUGUUGUAGGUCCCUUUAUGGAUGUCCUAGCUGAGACCUCACUGUACCACAGGUCUCCUAAAGAAUCCAUUGGAGAAUGUCCAGAGCUAGGUGUAAAACUGCAGAAUUUCAUGGUGAUGUUCUUCAGCAGUUUGCCUGAGGACAGAAAAGGGUCAGUUUUACUGCAGAUGCUCAAGCAUUUGAGCUCUCGACGGUGGUAUUCUGUCCCUCUGCUAUUCCUUUCUCAAGCCUUGUCCUGCUUGUCACCCUGCCCUCUACUGAAAUCACAUGGUCUACAUAUACUCAGAGAGGUGCUUGGCUGCAUUAUGGCCACCCACCACAUUCUACUGAGAGGGGCCAUCCAGUGCUUCCUGCUUCACACUUUUCUACAACUGUCUGAUGUGUCAGCGGUGUCUUUGGAUGAAGUAUUUGCUUUUCUAGCACUUUUCCGAGCUGAGGAGUCCCUGUGUCCGGGCACAUCAAUUUGGGAAAAGCUUUGUGAUUGGUUGCUGGUGAACGAGGGCAAUUUUUGCCCCGCUGCAACUUCUACCAAUCUUUCCCCACAGAAAGUCUCAAUGUACAGCUACCACUCUUUAAAAGCCUUCCUGACCAUACCAGCCAGCUCAGAUCAGGCAGGCAGAGUACCUAUAGUAGGUGAGGCUGAAUUGCUAGCUCGCUCCCUCCUCCUCUCUGCAAACCUGGACUGGAGGAGAAGAGAGAAGCACGGUCCGGAGGACACAAGACUGGAACAGCUUUUCUGCCCUCUGCUAGAUGUCCUGCACCGGCUCAACACCAGCGUUUACUUGCCACUGUGCAAAACGGAUAAGAGUCUUGAGCUUAUGUUAAGACUUCUGCUGCUUCUUGGCAAAAAUGUACAUACCGGGAAGGCGAAUGAAGAUAUGAUGGCAGCUUUGACACAGAUACUGUUGGGUGUGGCAGAACCAGUUCAACAGUUCAUAUUGAGAAAGCUGAGUGGAGAACUACAGGAGUUGUCCGAUAUAGGAAGGGCAAAUCUGUAUCUGUCUCUUUUACGGGAGCUGAUAAGAACAUACAGCAAAGUCCCAUGCUACAGCUCUAACUUGCAAAAAAACUAUGUGUCCAGACUCACUAUAAACUGUGUGAGACUUCUCAGUGAGCCAUCUGAACAGAAUCCAACUAUUGCAUCACAGGUGCAAAAAGCAGUUAGCAUGGAAACAUUAGGCUUGCUAUGUGAGCUGGCUGACCAGUGUAUUUUUGACCCUCAGUCUGAGGCCAUGAAAUCCCUCUGUUCACUCACCACCUACUUCUUUCCAUCUUCAUCACCUUUAUCCACACCUCAGUUCUUUAACCAGACUUUACUGAAGCCUUCCUCUACAGUGGACAUCUCCAACUGCUCAUAUGGUGACCCACUUCUGCGAGACUGGAGCAGGGUGGUGGCUUACUUUAUCCGAGACCAGUGGAAAUGCCUCAGUUUUCUUCAGAAGUGGGCUGAGACUGCCAGAGCUACAGAGGGCUUUCAGGCUGCUGUUGAGGCUCUUUCCUUGCUGCCAAGUGAUUUGGUGCUUCCUGUACUGGACUUUAUGUGUGCAGCUUUACCACAGGUCCUUCAUAAGGAGACCUUAUGUGUGGAAGCAAUCUCAGUGUCCUGGAAGCUAGUGCAUUCCUUGAGUACAAAUGCUCAUGAUUUCUGGCCUGCUCUCCGUGCCUUUGUAUGCUUGGCCUUCCACCGCAGCUUCUUCAAGUUGCAGGAUGUUCAAAGCCACAAGAUUACUGCCUGCAUCCAAAAGGUUACACGUCAGCUGAUUGAGCUCUCUCAGGCUAAGUUAGGAGUUUUUAAUGUGCUGAUUCAGCACUGCUGCAAUACCUGGCUCUCCUCUGACCCUAACAACCCCACAGACACUGUGAUUCAAAGUGCCUUAAAUUACAUGGACAUACUGACUGAGGCUUGCAUUUAUGGACCAGCCUACAGAAAAGACCAAAGACUCCUACAGGAGGUUCAGACAUAUGUAGAACAGCUUGGGGAGGAGCUUGCAGCAAAUGUGGUGGUUAACAGUUGGAAUAGGGACGAUCACUUCCCACGCUUACGUGUAUUGACCUUUCUGAGUCAUCUUGAACCAUCCAAUAGUCUACAUCAGAGGGUGAUGGAAAAUCUAGUGAGGUGCUUGCUUAAAAAGGAUAAGGACAUAUCAAAGUCAAAAGUUUGUUCUUAUACUAACUCUGUGCAGCACAGAAUAAAGAAUAGGGUGUGGCAAACAUUGCUGCUCCUCCUGCCCAUGCUGAGGCCGGAGUUUGUUGUGGAGUAUGUGUUUGGUGUGGUCUGUGAGGCAGGCUUUAGCAACAACCAGCCAUCAGUCAAGUACCUGAUUGAGUGGGCCCUGAUUCUGAUCCUCCACCAGAACCCCUCUCUUUUUCAGCAUCUCUGGGUUUGCUUUAAUGUGGAUCAGGAGAAAACAAAGACAAGCAUCUGUACGUUCCUUUCUGUGUUGGUUCACCUGGGCAUCCUGCUCCCUAAUCUAGAGAAUAAGGCAAGGGAAUGGCAGAAGGCUAUCGAAGUGAUUUUGAUGUGGUGUUUCAGUCAUAAUUUCACUGUACGUCUGUAUGCACUGUUGGCUCUCAAAAGAGUGUGGGGUUUAGAGUGGGCACGACUUCUGGCUGAAAAUGAACAGAGCAGUUCAGCCUCUCUGCAGGGACUAGCAACAGUUGUUGAAGCCUGCUUACAUCAAGCUGAGGUCAUGCAGAAUACUGGAAAUGCCGCAAAGAACUGGGCCAGAAUUCAGGAGCAUUUUUUCUUCAGUGUCUUUCAUCCUCUUAAUGAUUACAGUAUAGAGACAAUAUUCCACACAUUUCCUGUUCUGUCAGAAUUGGCAGAAGAUGAGUGCAUUCCAGUGUGGAAGUUUGAAAAGCUAGUGGACUUUCAACACAGUUCCUCUAUUCCUUUGAAAAACACUGGCAGGAAGCUGUCAGAGCUACAGCCCAGUGACUGGGUUCAGCAGGAUACAGUUGAGUUGGAACAAGAAGAGCGCUGGGCAGAUGUGCAGAAAAAGAUUGCUCCUUGGAGUCUGAAUGUGCAGGAGGUGGAGCCACACAUCUUUGUCCAGCAAAGAAUAGCCCGUCUAAGCAAACUUACUACUUCCCUCUUUGUUGUUGCCUCACUUAUUGACAAGCCUACAAACCUGGGUGGUCUUUGUCGAACCUGUGAAAUCUUUGGAGCCAGUGCUCUUGUGUUGGGAAGCCUGCAUCAUGUCGGGGACAAACAAUUCCAAGCCCUGAGUGUCUCUUCUGAGCUGUGGCUUCCUCUGAUGGAGGUGAAGCCCUUGGAACUGGCAGAUUUUCUUCAGCUGAAGCAGAGAGAGGGUUACAGUAUCAUUGGAGUGGAACAGACAGCCAACAGCCAGAAUUUGCAAAACUAUAGGUUUCCAGAGAAAACGCUACUGCUGUUAGGGAAUGAACGAGAAGGCAUUCCCGCAGACCUCUUGCAGUUGUUGGAUGUGUGUGUGGAGAUUCCUCAGCAAGGAGUGACUCGCUCUCUCAACGUUCAUGUGAGCGCCGCACUGUUGGUGUGGGAAUACACUAGACAGCAUUUGGGUCCUGACCAAUCCUCUUAAUUACUUUGCUUUGAAAUAGCCCAUUUAUGGGGAAGAGUCAGGAUCUGAAAUGAUUGGACAGUGUAAAUUACACAAAAAUACUGGUAAACAUUUUUCAUAAUAAAUUGUGAAUUUUCUCUGAUAUUAAUAAAGUUAUCUAUCUAUACAUC